AUCUUGUCAGUGAAGAGGCCUAUAACUAAUUAGCUUCAUAGUGGACACACCUGUUGGACACUGUCUCUAGUCUAGUAGAGAGCUACAGAAACUAUUCCUCUAAAGCUGCAUCAUUUGAGACUGUCCCAAAAUGACUGGUCGGGCACGAGCUAGAUCACGAGGCCGAGCACGUGGUCAAGAGACUGUGGCACCUGGAGCGAGCCAGGCCCGAGGAGAGCCUGCACCACCGGCUCCCCCACCUGCAGAGGGAGAGCUGGUCGGUAGAGGGAGACAGAAAGGUGCUCCAGGACCCUUUUCUGCAGAAGCUGUUCUACAGAUUUCAGCUGGAUUUCAGCAGAUGAAGCUGGCAGAACGAGGUGGACGCCGCCGCGAUUUUAAUGACACCGGGGUUAACACCCGGCAGGCUAUGGAGCAUGUCAAGGACUCAAAGUCUGGAACAUCUGGUGCUCCCAUUGCUUUGACGGCAAACUUCUUUCGCAUCCUGUCCCGUCCUCGGUGGCUGCUGUAUCAGUACCAUGUGGACUACAACCCACCAAUGGAGGCUCGUCGCCUGAGAUCUGCCCUCCUCUUUCAGCACGAGGAAGUACUUGGCUCAGCGCGGAGCUUUGAUGGAGCUCUGCUUUUCUUGCCUCACAGAUUGCAAAACAAGGAGACUGUGCUCCACAGCGAGACGAGGAUGGGAGAGAAGGUUCAGAUAACUGUCACCUUGACAAAUGAACUGCCGCCCACAUCACCAGUGUGCAUUCAGUUUUACAACAUCAUAUUCAGAAGGAUCUUGAGAAUUCUUGACAUGCAGCAGAUUGGACGCAACUACUACAACCCCAAAGAUCCACUCAACAUCCCGCAGCACAGGCUGACCAUCUGGCCAGGCUACUCCACCACCAUUUUGCAGUACGAGACCUCCAUUAUGCUGUGCACUGACGUGAGCCACAAGGUGCUGCGGAGUGAGACGGUCCUUGACUUUAUGGCCAACCUGAGGCAGAAGUGUGGAAAUCAACGCUUCCCUGAGAUCUGUGCUAAGGAGCUUGUUGGACUCAUAGUCCUCACCAAGUACAACAACAAGACCUACAGGAUUGAUGAUAUUGCAUGGGAUCACACUCCCAACAACACGUUCACAAAGGGAGACACAGAUAUUUCCUUCAAGAACUACUACAAGACUCAAUACAACCUGGACAUCACUGAUGGGAACCAGGUGCUGCUGGUCAGCCAUGUGAAGAAAAUGGGUCCUUCUGGAGGUCCUACUCCUGGCCCGGCCAUGCUCAUCCCAGAGCUGUGCUACCUUACAGGCUUGACUGACAAGAUGCGAGCUGACUUCAGGAUCAUGAAGGACUUGAGCGAGCACACCAGAUUGAACCCAGAGCAGAGGGAGGGACGCCUCAACCGAUUUGUCAGCAAUAUACAGAAGAAUGCUGACGCACAGGCGGAGUUGGAUAAGUGGGGACUCAACUUUGAUAAGGAACUCCUAAAUCUGACUGGCAGAGUCCUCCCAGCAGAGAGGAUUUUCCAGGGAACAAAAUCGUACGAUUACAACCCCUGGCUAGCUGACUGGGCCAAAGAGAUGCGCGGGGUGCCUCUGAUCAGCGCUCCUCCGCUGGAUAGCUGGCUCUUGUUUUACACCCGUCGUAACAGCAACGAAGCCCAGUCCCUCCUGCAGACCCUCAACCGAGUCUCACCUCCACUCGGCAUCCGCAUGCAGAGACCGGUCAUGGUCGAGUUCGAGGAUCAUCAGGAGUCUCUCCUCAGAGCCCUGCAGCAAAAUGUUGGACCCCAAACACAGAUGGUGGUGGUGGUCCUCCCCAGCAACAGGAAGGACAAGUACGACACCGUCAAGAAGUACCUGUGUGUGGACUGCCCCACUCCCAGCCAGUGUGUGGUUUCCCGUACCCUAAGCCGACCUCAGGCACUCAUGACUGUGGCUACCAAGAUUGCUUUGCAGAUGGCUUGCAAGAUGGGAGGAGAGCUCUGGAGUGUGGAAAUCCCUCUCAAACAUCUGAUGAUUGUGGGCAUUGACUGCUACCACGACACCAUUGCUGGGAAAAGGUCCAUUGGAGCUCUAGUGGCCAGCCUCAACCAGAGCAUGAGCAGGUGGUACUCCAAGUGUGUGCUGCAGCACAAAGGCCAGGAAAUCAUGGACGGACUGAAGAUGGCCUUAAGUGGUGCGCUGAAAGACUAUCUGAAGUUCAACAACUGCCUGCCUUCUCGCAUCAUUGUGUACCGAGAUGGAGUGGGAGACGGCCAGCUGCACAGCGUGGUCAACUAUGAGGUUCAACAGAUCAUGGACUCCAUCAAGUCCAUGGGACACGACUACAUGCCCAAGCUGAGUGUGGUGGUGGUGAAGAAGCGCAUCAGCAGCAGGUUUUUCGCCCGCAUCAAAGGCAAGGUGUCCAACCCUCCACCAGGCACAGUUGUUGACACAGAGGUCACCCGUCCAGAGUGGUUUGACUUCUGCAUCGUGAGCCAGGCUGUCGCCAGUGGAAGCGUCUCCCCAACCCACUACAACAUUGUGUACGACACCAGUGGACUGAAGCCCGAUCACAUGCAGCGGCUUACCUACAAGAUGUGCCACCUGUACUACAACUGGCAGGGGAUCAUCCGAGUGCCCGCUCCCUGCCAGUACGCCCACAAGCUGGCUUUUCUUGUGGGUCAAAGCAUCCACAGGGAGCCCAGUGUGAAACUGGAUGACUUCCUCUUCUACCUAUGAGGAUAAAAAAGACAAGCAAAUUGUUCAGCUCUGACUCUUAAGUUACCUUGUGAAGUCCUCUAUAUGUAAACUUUAGUUACAAAAGUUCUUUUCAGUUUAAAGUAAUAUAAGUAAGUUCAGUUUUGCCAAAGCUAAGUGUUUGUGUUUGUAGUGUGAGAUAGCCCUGUGUAUCAAGUUACGCAGUUGAGAGGUUCGUGUUACAUUUUGAAGUCUAAUGUCUAAAGACAUGAUUCUGCGGCCGAAAGCUAACACACAUGCUAAAAUGAUCAUUAAUGCACCCUGUCUACUGUUGGAAAUGCACUGAAGUAGAUGAAUGUUCAGA